AAGCCACAAGACUGUCAGGACAUCCUUGACAACGACGAGACCACGCCCAGUGGCGUGUACAUGGUUUAUCCACGGGACAACCUGGGCGGCUUCAACGUCUUCUGUGAUAUGGACACGGACGGAGGCGGCUGGACGUUAUUCCAGAGACGCCAAGACGGAACUGUGGACUUCUACCGGGGCUGGGCGGACUACAUUACCGGCUUCCCUUCCAACCUGAACGGCGAGUUCUGGCUGGGGAAUGACAACUUGUACCGACUGGCUGUGCAGAAAGGCUACCAGCUCAGGGUGGAUAUGGAGGAUGCGGAAGGAAACACGGCGUACGCGGCUUACGACACGUUUGUCAUCUCACCUGAAUCACAGAACUACAAGCUCCACAUAGGGAAUUACAGCGGUACUGCAGGAGACAGCUUGACGUACCAUGACGGGAAACCAUUCAGUACCAAGGACAGAGAUAACGACGGCAGCUGUGCUCAGUUGCACAAAGGUGCGUGGUGGUACAACAGUUGCUACCGCUCCAACCUGAACGGCCUGUACCUCGACGGAGUCAACUGGCGCCACUGGAAGGGUUAUAACUACUCCCUGAAGCGCACUGAGAUGAAACUCCGACCAGCUCCAUAA